AUGUUAUUCUCCAAAGGAUUAGCUGCUCUUUUAUUGCUUGCUACAUCUUCAAAUGCCCUACCGGUGGAAGAACGUCAGGCCUGCUCUUCUCUGCAGCUCGUAUUUCUGGCCGGGACCAACGAGGAAGGAUUGGGCCUGGCUGGGGGUCCACUGUCGACGACGUUAGCCUCGGCAGUUAGUGGGACAACCACCUACUCCGUCCCUUAUGAUACCAGGGCCGAAUACGGUUCUACCGUUACAGCGGGCGCUAAAUCAACCGUCGACUAUAUUACUGCGCAAGCCGCACGCUGUCCCGAUCAGCGCUUUGUUCUUGGGGGGUACUCCAAAGGCGCAAUGGUGAUUCACAGUACAAGUCUCUCCAGUGCUCUCAAGAGCAAGGUUGCUGCCAUUGUCGUAUUUGGAGACCCAUACCGUAGUUUAAACAACAACUGGCCAAUCAAUUCACCUGUGGUCAACUCGAAUCCAAGAUCUGGCUUUACUAGCUCCCAGAACGUUGCUAGCUUCUGUAACAGUGGGGAUAUAGUCUGUAGGGGUGGUCUAAGUGUUCCGGCCCACCUUACUUAUGGAGAAGAUGGAAGCACCGAUAUCGCUGCCUCCUUCAUCAAGAACCAUGCGUAG